AUCAUCUCACCUGUUCCUGUUUUCUACCAAUUUAUUCGAUGAAACAACAUUCCUUGUUCCUCAAUUCAAUUUGAUCAAUAUUCUAUCUCCAAUCUUAUAUUCUUUCAACCGAUAAUCGAUUUGAUUUGGACAUUGAUCGAACGAUGCUAAAUUAUAGCUUUUAAAUUCACGAUUUUUGUGUUCUUCGAGUUCAUGUUCUUGAUUCUUCUUCAUCUGCAAUUGAUAAACUGAGUGAUUUUGAUCAAUUUUAACUUUGUGAUCAUCGAUUUCGGUAGAGGUUCAAGUGUUCAACGAUUUCUUCUAAUCCUCAUCUUCAACAAUUAUUUACGAUCUUUCAAGCCGUGAAUUUUACUCAACAUCAUGAAAUCGUCAAUUGAUCAAGGUUUGAGUUUUCAUCGAUUUCACUGUUAGUUGCAUAUAACGUAUUCAAUUUUUAACCUAGUUCAUGAAUUGAAUCAUCAAGCUAUUAUCGAUUUCUCCAAUUUUAUAUUUGUAUGAUUUGUGAUUUCAGAAAUCAAACAUCAUCUUUUGUUGAGACAUCCAAUUCAGCAAUCAAAGAUUAUUUGUUGUUGAAUUUGUUUGAGCUAGAAAACAAUUUAAUCUAUAAUAUGUUAUUUGACAAUGCAUCAUCUAUUUCAUUGUUUGUUUUUUAACUUUUCAUUUAAUCAUUAUAUUUUUCAACAAUAUGUCAUCUGUUUUCUUUUGAUUAACAUCAUCUAUUUGCUUUUCAUUAACAUCAUCUUAGUGAUAAGUUCAUGAUAAGUUCAUGAGACUGCAUGUUAUUCUUAUAGAAUAUUGUACAUACAUUGAUAUAUCAAUAAUGAUAACAGUUAUGGAUGAUUUGGAUAUGCAUGACAUCGAAAACAAUCAUCUCGAUGAAGAAAAUCAUCAGUUCGGUUCUACUGAUUCAGAGAUUCUUCAUAAUGAGGAAAAUCAAUCGGAAACCCAAGAUAUGAAUGACAUCGGAAAUGAUCAUUACGAUGAAGAAAAUCAUCAAUUCAGCUCUGGUGAUUCAGAGAUUCUGCAUAAUGAUGGAAAUCAAUCGGAAAUCCAAGUUCAAAGUGACAAUGUUGCAGCACAAUAUGGCUCUUGCAAACAAUUCAUUGGAGCUGAUGGUUCUUUAUUUUGGAUUCCAGAGGUUGAAGCUAGUUGGAUACCUACUUUGGGUUCAAUUUUUAAAGAUAUCAAAGAUGCUAUUAAGUGGUAUAAAGGAUAUGCAUUAAGAUCUGGUUUUGAUAUUAGAAAAUCAACAGAGAGGAAAAAUAGUGGAAUCACAACUUCAAAAUAUUUUAUAUGCAAUAGAGGGGGAUUGCCAAACACUUCUACGUUAGACACAAUUAGUGAUGAUCAUAACAAGCAAUUGAGAAAUAGUAAUUGUAAACGCACAAAUUGCAAAGCUUUUGUUGCAUUCAAAGUUAUACCACAUUCUUCAGAAGUUUACCUGUGGCGCUUUGAACAACAACACAACCACAAAUUAAUCAAUCAAGAUUGUAUGCAUCUUUCAAGAGCUAAACGUCAGUUGAAUGUUGUUGAUCAAGCUUUUAUACAUAAGCUUUCGAGUGCAAAGGUGGGGGCAACUACAACAUAUAGACUAAUGUGCGUUAUAAAAGGAGGAUGUGAAUUUGUUGAUGGACUAGAGAUAGAUUGGAAAAAUUUUACUAGGGAUAUAAAUUCACAUCGGGGCACUGAUGCAAAUUUGUUGAUUACAAAGCUUCAGAAUCGUAAAGAGAAUGUUACAAAUUUUACAUAUGAAUACAGAUGUGACAAGAAGCAGUUAAAUGCUCUCUUUUGGGCUGAUGACACUUCAAAACAAAACUUUGAGUUAUUUGGGGACGGUGUUUCGUAUUGUAUGGUAGUUGUACCUUUUACUGGCAUUGAUAAUCACAAAAGGUGCGUCACUUUUGGAGCUGGUUUGUUGUGUAGAGAAGAUACAAAUUCCUAUAUUUGGUUACUUCGGUCAUUCUUGAAGUGUUUUGGAAAAGCACCAAUCAUGGUCGUGACCGAUCAAGAUCCAACAAUGAAAAAAGCUAUUGAGAUAGUAUUGCCAUUCACAAAACAUAGAUUUUGUAUGUGGCAUAUCACAAGUAAACUUCCAUUGAAGGUAAGCUGGGAAACAAUGAAUGAAUCGGAUUUUAAGGCGGACUUCAAUAGUAUAGUAUGGGACUCCAAAAUUGCUGUCAAUGAUUUUGAAAUGAGAUGGGAUGCAUUAAUGGUAAAAUAUAAGUUGCAAGACAAUAAAUGGAUGAAAGAUAUGUUUGAUUUGAGAAGCAAUUGGAUUCCAGCCUAUUUUAAAGAUGUACCGAUGUCAGGUCUAAUGAGAACAACUUCUCGGUCGGAAAGUGAAAAUUCAACAUUCAAUAGGGUAUCGCAUCAUGGUUAUACGUUAAACAAUUUCAUGAAUGCUUUUGAGUCUGUUAUGGAAAGGCAAAGGAAUAAUCAGAUCAAAUUUGAUUUUGAUACAUCUAAUAUAAUUCCAAUCAUCAAAACACCUCUUGAAGAUAUGGAGAAACAUGCAUCUAUGGUAUACACCAGGACUAUUUUUCUCAUGGUGCAGAGGGAGAUUCUUCAUUCACUUGUUUCUUGUUCACAGAAGAGUGUUACAUCAGGCGUUGUGUCUGACAUAUGCAUUGUCAAGCAUAAAAGGACAAAUAUAUCAAAGAAGAAGGUAGUAGUUGAGAAAAAAGAAAAAGUUGACAUCGAUUCUGAAUGGAAUUUUAACACAAGUGAAGGUGAUUUUGAGGUUGAAUUCAACAGAGAAGAUCUAACGGUGAAAUGUUCAUGCAUGCUUUUUGAGCGGUUUGGAAUUUUUUGUAGACACAUCUUCUGUAUUCUAAAGAUUUAUGACAUACAAGAGAUUCCGUCAAGAUACAUUCUUAAGAGAUGGAGAAGAGAUAUUAUCCCCACCACAGUUUUGAAAAGGACGUUUAGAUAUGGUGAUUCGUCUGGAAAUGUUGAGAAGGUUGCAUACAAAGCUUUUUCCAUGCUUGAUCAAUGCUUGUCUUCAUUAAGUAAUGAUGACAAGAAGUUAGAAGAGUUCAUGCAGAAGCUUGAAGUUUUUAUGACUGAUAUUGGUGAACAAAGUUCAGACAAAUUACCGGUUACAAAAGAAGCUCAUAUUGAUAAACUUUACGGAGCUACUACGAAUCCUGAAGUUGUUGAUGUUGAAAAUCCACCUAUGGUGAAGAAUAAAGGUUCUGGUACAGGAAAACGUUUAAAAAGUGCUUUGGAGAAGGCUACUAUUCAAGGUAACAAGCAAUCAAGAUCAUGCAAAACAUGUGGGGUUAAAGGGCAUAAUUCAAGGAAAUGUUUGACAUUGUUGAAUAACUCCAAGGUACAAAGUGCAUAG